UUGUUCGGCUGCGGCCACAGCCGCAGGAGACAGCGGAAGUUUGAGCGCCGCGGCGGAGCGCGAAGGGCGGCGCCGGAGCUUUCGCCUCGCCUCGGCGCAGCGCCCGCGCCUCAGCCGCCUCGCAUCAGCGCCGAGUCACCGGUCAGGAGCUGUUUGCUGCUUCGAGCUGCGUCCCGAGCUUUGUGUCCGGCAUGGACUUGGAAAGUAAAGUGAAAAAGAUGGGCUUGGGCCAUGAACAAGGAUUUGGUGCCCCCUGCUUAAAAUGCAAAGAUAAGUGUGAAGGAUUCGAGCUUCAUUUCUGGAGAAAAAUAUGCCGCAACUGCAAAUGUGGCCAGGAAGAGCACGAUGUCCUCACAAGCAAUGAAGAAGACAGGAAAGUGGGGAAACUCUUUGAAGAUACAAAAUAUACAACUCUUAUUGCAAAGCUGAAAAAUGAUGGCAUUCCCAUGUAUAAACGUAACGUAAUGAUACUGACUAAUCCAGUGCCAGCCAAGAAGAAUAUAUCCAUCAACACUGUGACCUAUGAGUGGGCUCCUCCUGUUCAGAAUCAGACACUUGCUAGACAGUAUAUGCAGAUGCUACCAAAGGAGAAACAGCCUGUUGCUGGCUCGGAAGGCGCUCAGUACAGGAAGAAGCAGUUGGCUAAGCAGCUGCCUGCUCACGACCAGGAUCCUUCAAAAUGCCAUGAGCUAUCCCCCAAUGAAGUUAAACAGAUGGAACAAUUUGUGAAGAAGUACAAAAAUGAAGCACUUGGUGUAGGAGAUGUGAAGCUCCCUGGUGAGCUGGAAGCUAAAGCUAUUGACAAGAAUAACGUGAACAGUGGGGACAGAAGCACCUCAGCUGCUGUAGGAGCAAUGGAGGACAAGUCAGCAGAUCAGAAGGCAUCUCAGUAUUCCUGCUAUCGCUGCAAGCUGAACAUGAAAGAAGGUGACCCAGCUGUCUAUGCAGAACGUGCAGGAUAUGACAAAUUGUGGCACCCAGCUUGUUUUGUCUGUUGUACCUGCAGCGAGCUUCUAGUAGACAUGAUCUAUUUCUGGAAGAAUGGCAACCUGUACUGCGGAAGACAUUACUGUGAUAGCGAAAAGCCCCGCUGUGCUGGAUGUGAUGAGCUAAUAUUCAGUAAUGAAUAUACUCAAGCAGAAGGUCAAAACUGGCAUCUGAAACACUUCUGCUGUUUUGACUGUGAUUGUGUUUUGGCUGGAGAAAUCUAUGUCAUGGUGAAUGACAAGCCAGUCUGCAGACCAUGCUAUGUGAAGAAACAUGCUGCGAUCUGCCAAGGCUGUCAUAAUGCUAUAGAUCCAGAGGUUCAGCGUGUAACCUACAACAACUUCAAUUGGCAUGCUACACAGGAGUGUUUCUUGUGUUCCUGUUGCAGCAAGUGUUUAAUUGGCCAGAAGUUUAUGCCAGUGGAAGGGAUGGUUUUUUGCUCAGUGGAAUGUAAGAAGAAGAUGAUGUCUUAAGGAGUGACGCGCACAAAACUAAGCAUUGCUCUGUUCCAAAGGCUCUUGCAUUUCUACUGUAAAAUACGUAGAAUUGUGGCAUUUAAGGUUAUGGAAAGUACUAACUAGCAUUUUCCCAAAGAUUUUUUUUUUUUUAAUGACUAAUUUGUGUUCUGUAAUCUUGAUUCCUUAGCUGUAAUGUUUUAUUCCUUGGGAUUUUGUUUAUGAGUCUUACAUCAAGUGUCUUCAUAUCCCAGAACUGUAGGAAAAAGUAUGUUAUGAACUCUAUACGCUUCAAGGGAACUCUUCACUAUGAAGGAUCUUUUCACUGUGUUCUUUGUAGUGGAAGAAGAAAAUGUGAAUGUGCUCCAUUUUUUUUCUUAUACAAUCAAGUAGCUUUUCCACUUUCAUUUUGACAAGUUAUUUAUGUCUGUUUCCCUGCUUUCAUCAAGCACUUUAGACAAGAUGAUCAGCUUUACUGCCACAUACAGUUUUGUUCACUAGACCCUCAAGUGGGCAGGGAGAAUGAAGUUGUGUUUUUUUUUUAAAGCUGCAUGUAGGUUUUUUUGCUCCUGGUUGACACAUGGGUUGUUGAGAAAUCGAAACUACUCUCACAUCUAGUUUGUAAAGUAUCUGCACCACUGAAAAACUGGUUUAUCUCAUGUUUCUUCUUACUACUUUUCAUGUGCAGAAGUUUUCAUUUUAUGAGUAUUGAAGUUACUUUGCAAGGGUUUCUUUUGCUUCUAUCUUUUGUGAGUUUGGUUUGGCUUUGUGGUUGCUUUUGUUUGUUUGUUUUGGAGAGGAGGGAUGUUGGUGGAGAAAAAUCUAAGGGGACAUCCUACCCAAAUUAAAAAAUACAAAUCCACUACAAUUUGUGGAUCUGGCUUCUGCUUCUCAUGAAUGUUCUUAUUGCAUAUUGUGCCUUCUGUCAGAGGAACACGGCUCAGGGGUGCCAUAUGCUUUUCCAAGUAAGUCAUACUGCAAAAGGUUUGUACUUAGGCUUUUGAACUGUGUGUUCUUAACCAAAGCAGAAAGAAGACUCAACUAGAAGGCUUCCAGUUUUUGAAUAAAAAGUUCACCCCUAAGUAUUACCUUUGCUUACUAGAUAAGCCGAAUAAAUGGAUUCCUGUGGUGUUUGUUGUCUUUUCCUUCCCUUAAGGAUUAUAGAUCUACAGUGAAACUUGUUAGCUAUUUCUAUGCCUAAGAUGGAAUGGAUCAUCUUUAACCUCAAAAAAACCUCACCAAACUAUGCAAGUUUUAUGUUCAGCUUUAAGUUUUAUGAUGAUGGAUGUUGUAACACUUACAAAUAAACAUUGGUAUUGCUCACUUAAA